AUGAAGCGGAAGAAUAUAAGGGUUUUUAGGGUGAGAGUGAUGCAAGAGGUGGCUAAGGGGCUGGAGAUUUCCAAGGUGAACUUCAUAUGGGUUGUGAGGUUUCCUCAAGGGGAGAGAGUUUCUCUAGACGAGAUGCUGCCUAAGGGAUUUCUCGACAGAGUGGGAGAGAAGGGCCUGAUUGUUCAAGGAUGGGCACCACAGGAUGGCAUUCUAGCACAUCCUAGCACUGGUGCUUUUGUUAGUCAUUGUGGUUGGAACUCAACACUCGAGAGCAUACAUUUUGGUGUGCCGGUCAUAAGCAUGCCUUUCAAGCUCGACCAGCCACUGAAUGGCAGGUUAAUGGUGGAGGCUGGUUUAGCUGUGGAGGUGGUAAGGGAUGGAAGUGGAAAUUUCAGUAGCCAAGAGUUUGCCAAUGCAAUCAAGAAGGUGAUUGUUGAAGAAACGGGCCAAGAAAUGAGGGAGAAGGCUGCAGAACUGAGUGAGAAAAUGAAAAAUGAAGACGAAGGUGUGAUGAAUGAAGCAGCAGAGCAACUGAGGAAGAUUUGUUUGGAGCAUAAGCAGAAGAAGAAGAAGAAGUAG